CAGUUGCGAGGCAAAUUUACCAGUCGGCGGACGUGUUUUUAAACGGCGGUCGGUUGCUCGUAAAUCCCCUUCCAGAAUCGAAUCUCAGUACCAAACCAGAGUGAAGAAUUGCGCGCGCGGCAAACAUACAAAAAAUAUCAUUUUUUUCUGGUGCCUGGCAAAAAGUUUAGCCAAAACAAAUAUAAAGUGCCAACAAAGAGCUGCAGAUAAAUCAUUGGAAUACGUUUUAUAUAUAUAUUUUAUAUACACAAGAAAUGUUUGCUGAGAUGUUGGUGGAGAGAACGAAUUAAUAGCAAGAUGAUCAAGUUUCGCUACAAGAGGAAGGAACCCACCAAUGUGGUGGGCGUGGCAGCUGCAGCAGGAGGAGGAUCACCAGGAUCACCAGGAUCACCAGGAUCACCAGGAUCACCAGGAUCGGGAUCAGAUGGAAUAGCCAAUCAUCCCCCCGUCACAACAUCACCUGUUUCGGUGCCCAUGCCCAUUCACCACCCACAGUUGAACCAGCUGAUCAGCAACAAUGGAGGCACCCUGCCCAGGAGUAGUCCCCGCAAACUAAUGCUGGAUGGAGGCGACAAGUCGGCCACCUUGACGCGCCAGCAGUCCAAGCAGAAGUCGGCCCAAAGUGCCUUGGCCAAGGUGGCCAGCAGCGUGGAACUGGCCGUAAUGGGCUACAAUGGCACCGCCGUGGCCAUCAACAAUGUUGCCGGAAACUCGGAGCGGGAUCGCUGCAUCAAUGCGGUUAUUGAACUGUUUCAGCAACUGCAGACCAGUUCGGAGCCGGCCCUUUGUCCGGAGCCACUGCGUCGGGCCUUGGCCAGCGGUCCCCUCGCAGGACGACGAUUCCCGCUGGGCUGCCUGGGCGAUGCCGCCGAGUGCUUUGAGCUUCUGCUCCAUCGCGUCCACUCGCACAUUUCGCCGGACGAUGGCGACUCCUGCGAGUCCUCCGCCUGCAUCGCCCACCGGAGGUUCGCCAUGCGGGUCAUCGAGCAGAGCGUCUGCAAGUGCGGCGCCAACUCCGAGCAGCUGCCCUUCACCCAGAUGGUGCAUUAUGUGUCCGCCUCGGCCUUGACCUCCCAGAAGAGUCUGGCGCUGCAGUCGCAUCAGCAGCUGAGUUUUGGCCAACUUUUGAGGGCGGCCGGCAACAUGGGCGACAUACGCGAUUGUCCGAACACCUGUGGCGCGAAGAUAGGCAUUUGCCGGGCCCUGCUCAACCGACCGGACGUGGUGUCGAUCGGCAUCGUGUGGGACUCGGAGCGCCCGGCCGCGGACCAGGUGCACGCCGUGCUGAAGGCAGUGGGCACCAGCCUGCGCCUGGGCGACGUCUUCCACCAGGUCAGCGAGCAGCGGUGGGCCCAGCAGACGCAGCACGAGCUGGUGGGCAUUGUGUCCUACUACGGCAAGCACUACACCACCUUCUUCUUCCACACCAAGCUGAAGGUGUGGGUCUACUUCGACGACGCCAACGUCAAGGAGGUGGGUCCCAGCUGGGAGGGCGUGGUGGACAAGUGCAGUCGGGGCCGCUACCAGCCCCUGCUGCUGCUCUACGCGGUGCCCCAGCAGCCGUCUCCCAUGGAGCACCCCUCCGCGGCAGUGGCUGCCCCAGUCCGACGGGCGGUGACGCCCAGUCCGGAGAAGCCCAGUCUGGGCACCACGCGGCGGGCCAUCACACCCACGCCGCUGAGGACGCCCGCCAACGACUACCAGAACCUGAGUGUCAUCCAGAAGACCAUCUUCCCGCCGCCGCCGCCGCCGCUGGGCAGCGACGAAACGGAUGCCUACAUCAGCCGCAAGACAGUGGAGCAUGUGCUCAGCGCCCAGUACCAGAAUCUGAGUGUGAUCCAGGACAAGAUUGGAGGCAGUGCUGCUGCUGCCGCCGCUGCAGCUGGAGCUGCUCAAAAUGGAGACAAGGAGGGCGGCUUCCUCAGCCGCAAGCCCAUGGAGGCGGUGCUGAGUGCCCAGCUGGCCAGGCGGCAGCACCUCCAGCUGCAGCGGAGCCACAGCGCCGAGUCCAGCUCCAACGGCAGUUCGCCACCCAGCGAUGGGUUGACCAUGCCGGAGCACUUGAACCAGCCACGUCGCCGGGACUCGGGCAACUGGUCGGGGGAUCGGAACAGUGCCAGCUCGGCCAGCUCCACCACGCUGGACAAUCCCUACCUCUACAUGGUGGCCAAGAGGGGUGGCAAUGGCCAUGGCAAUGGCAAUGGCAACGCCAAUGGCAAUGGCAGUGGCAGUGGCGGUGGUAACGGAGUGGUGGGCGCCGUGCCGCAGAGUCCCACGCGGCACGGCCUGCCCUACGAUCCCGGCUACGACUCGUUCUCGCUGAGCUCCACGGACUCGUAUCCGCCCAAGCACGCGCUGAACCCGCAGCUGGCCAAGAUUCCCGAGGCGGGCCACGGCGGUGGCUCCAACGGUGGCCUGGCGCUGUCGGGCGACUGCGAGAAGCUCUGCCACGAGGCGGACCAGCUGCUGGAGAAGUCGCGCCUGGUGGAGGAGUCGCACGACCUGGAGACGGCCCUGGUGCUCUGCAACGCGGCCGCGGGCAGGGCCAGGGCGGCCAUGGAUGCCCCGUACAGCAAUCCGCACACCAUGACCUUUGCCCGCAUGAAGCACAACACGUGCGUGAUGCGGGCCAGGAGCCUGCACCGCCGCAUCCUGCUGGAGAAGGGGGCCGAGACGGAGGCCAUGCCGGAGCUGAAGCACAUGCGCGAGGGCAGCAUCGGCAGUGUGAAGCACGUGCGCCAGAACAGCAAGGAUCGCACCUUGGACAAGGAGCAGCUCCACCAGCAGCUCCACCAGCAGCUCCACCAGCAGGUCCAUCAGCAGGUGCAUCAGCAGAUCCAUCAGCAGAUCCAUCAGCAGAUCCCCAUCCCGGCCAGCAUCGAGAUCUAUGCCACGCUGCCCAAGCGCAAGAGUCCCCUUAAGGCACUGGCCUCCGCCUCCGCCUCCGCCGCCGCCGCCUGCGAUGACAACCUCAUCGAGUACGAGCAAAUGGAGAAGCAGGUGGCGGCCAGUCCGGGCAAGCCGGAGCGGGAAAGUCGCUCCCUGUUCGGCAGGAGGGAUAAGGACAAGGACAAAGACAAGGAGAAGGAGAAGGAGAAGGACAGGGAGAAGGAGAAACGCAGUCGCAGCGAGGAUCGGCACAAGCUGACACGCGAGUUCUCGCUGACCGAAACGCUGCUCGUCAAUGCCAAGGACACGCUGAAGAAGCACAAGGAGGACAAGGACGAGAAGAAGGAGAAGGACAAGAGCGGCAAGAAGCAGCACAAGAUCAGGCGCAAGCUGCUGAUGGGCGGACUGAUACGCCGCAAGAACCGCUCCAUGCCGGAUCUCACCGAGGCAGCAGCGGACGAGGCGGUGUCCAGUGGCAGUGCCCACUUGAGCCACCACCACCACUCCCAUCAUCAUGGUGCCCCCUAUGGCAGCCCCAAUGGCGGCGGCGGCGGCAGUGUGACCCUGGAUGACAGUGCCGUGGGCCUGGGCCAGCAGAAUGGCCACCUGAGCGGCCUGAGCGGCUACAUAUCGGAGGGGCACUUCGACUAUGCCAACGGAGCCAGGGAGUCGGGUGGCGGAGGCGGUGGUUCGCAGUCCGGCAGCAAUCCCAAUCCGAACCUGGAGCGCAGCAAGCUGAUGCGCAAGAGCUUCCACGGCAGCGGCAGGCAGUUGACCAUGGUGCCCAAGGUGGCGCCGCCGCCGCCCAUGCGCACCAGUUCCACGUUGACCCCCCAGCAGCAGCAGCAGCAGCAGCAGCAGCAGCAGCAGCAGCAGCAGUUCCACCACGAGGCCAACUUGUCCAACCUGUCGGCCAUGAGUUCGAACACCUCGAUCAGCGAGCAGGACUCCUGCCAGACGAUCAUCACCACCUGUGCCCAGGUGCACUCCGAGCAGAGUCCCCUGAAGGACCUGCAGAUGCUGGGAGCGAGCGAAGAGCUGCCCCUGCCACUGCCCCUGCCACUGACUCCCCUGGAACUGCCCCCGUAUCCCAGUCCGCCGCACUCCGCCUGCCACUCGCGACAGGCCAGCGAGGACUUCCCGCCGCCACCGCCGCCGGAACUGGACUUGGAGCCGCUCAACCAGCAGCUGCACCAGCUGCAGGCCCUGGAGGCGGCCAGCAAGCACCAGCGGCAGCAGUUGGACUCCCUGGAGGGCACCACCAGCAUCCUGGCCCAGCUGCAGCAGCGACAGCACCUGCUGAAGAUGCGCAAGGAGCAGGCAGGUGGCGGGGGCUCCAGCUCCUCGGAUGGCUCCACCUGGCUGAAGCAGGCCAACGAUCUGAGGGCCAUGCAGCGCAAGCUGGAGGCCUCCUCGCCAGCGAGCGUCAGGGAUCUGGCCCACCGCUUCGAGCAGCCCACCUCCAUCCGCUCGUAUGCCUCGCAGGAGCUGCUCAGCCAGCCCAGCCAGCUCAGUCAGCUCAGUCAGCUCAGUCAGCUCAGUCAGCACGGUCAGCAGGCGGGACAACUGCGCACCCAGAUGAACGGACUGCCCAGUGGCAAGCUGGAGGCGGACGAGGUGGAUUCAGUACGGACUGCACACCAGACGCUGCCGAAGCCCAAGUACGAGAUGAGCCAGUCGCAGAUCGCCGAGGAGAUGCGCGAGGUGGAGCUGCUGAACAGCAUGGUGCAGCAGUCGCUGGCCCUGCCCAAGCGGGUGAAGAAGAAGAGCGUAUCCUUCUGCGACCAGGUCAUCCUGGUGGCCACUGCGGGCAACGAGGAGGACGACGACUUCAUACCCAAUCCCAUACUGGAGAGGGUUCUGCGCACGGCCCAGCACCCCAACGAGAAGGUCACCGCCCAGAUGAUCCAGCAGCAGCAGCAGAAUGUGCUGCGUCUGCAGACGGAGGCGCAGCCGCGGCAGCAGCAACUGCAGCAGCAACUGCAGCAGCAAUUGCAGCAGCAAUUGCAACAUCAGCAGCAGCAGCAGCAGCAACAGCAGCAACCAUCGCCCAUGCUGGGCAGACCAGCGGCGGCCACGCCCACAGAUAUGCAGCGUUAUGUGCAGAGGAUGCAACAGCAACAGCAGCAACAACAGCAGCAGCAGCAGCAACAGGAGCUGUACCGCCAGCAACAGCAGCAACAGCAGCAACAUCGCACUAGCAUGAGCGGCAUAGCCAGCCAGCAACACUUGCAACAGCUGGAUGCACAGUACACCACCAUGCCACGCUCCCUGCAUCAUCCACAACUCCUGGCUCAAAGCUAUUCCGUGCAGUUGCAGAAGCACCAGCAACUGCAGCAGCAGCAACUGCAGCAGCAGCAACAGCAGCAACAGCAGCAACAGCAAAGCCCCCAACUCAGUUUGGCCUACUUCAGCAAUGGCAAUGUGGCAGCCACCGAGCAAGUGCCGCUGCCUUCGCCUUACCAGCGAGUGCCCCUGCCACAUGGCUACUACCCACUGCAGCAACAACAGCAGCAGCAGCAGCAACAGCAACAGCAACUACAGCAGCAACUGCAACAGCAGCAGCAGCAACAGCUGAUGGCCAAGCCAGUGCAGAAGAAGGUCAGCUUUGAGCCGGGAACCAAGGGCGAAGCUGAUAUACUGCCGCCACCACCGCCGCCGCCUCAGAAGAAUGGAUUGCCAGAGUCGGCACUAGGAUCUCCAGGAGCAGGAGCAACAACAACUGGAACAGCAGCAGCAACAGCGACAGCAGGAACCGCCAUCACCGCCAUCACCGCCAUACCCACCCGCGUCUACAACAAUGCCAUUGUGAAGGCCUCGGCCAAGGCCGUCGAGUGCAACUUGUGCCGCAAGCGGCAUGUGAUUGCGCCGGCGGUAUACUGCACCAACUGCGAGUACUACCUGCAGAUGCUGAACCAGCGCAGAUGAUAGAUGGAUAGAUGGAUAGAUGGAUAGAUGGAACGCUGCUACACGGCCACAUCGCUCUAGUGCAACUUUCUAGCCGUACAUGGAACCUGUUAAUCUCAAGCAAUGCAUUGCUGCCACGUCGCCCAUAAGGAUCCGCCAAGGAUGUACAUAGCAUGGUUACAAAUCUUAGCAUAUAAGAGCGAACGGAGCGGACGGAGCGGACGGAGCUGCGCCAGGCAUCGAGACACUAAGGCGGAACGCAAGCGGAGGGAAACCCGCAGUCACAGUCCUUCUAUGGUUCCACAUGAGAAGUUGCCGCUGUGACAGCCAGCCCACCCAAUCACCCACCCACAAUCACCAGCCAAUGUCCCCAAGCACACGCACACAAGAAUAUUGUACACUUCCAUCCGCACCUACACAUAUACUUGCCCCGGAGGACUUGAGCUGCUUGCGUUGUAGACGAUGCAGUGGCUUUCCAUUUCAAAUGGCCUAAAUGCAGCCGGAAAACCACUUCCUUGGUUUAAGGAACAAUGGGGACUAAACAUAGCCUUGAAAUGAGCCAAACAUGUUGAUUAGUAGCAAAAUUGACCUAAGGUCACUGCAUCAUUUACAACCAACAGCUCAAUGUCACCAGUCGCCCCAUUGGACAUCGAUCGCUUGACUAAUUGCAUUCCAAGAUACUAAAACACCCACGAUGACUUGCCAGCCGUCCGCUUCAACCAAUCGAUUUUUGAUUUUAAUUUUCGAUUUUUAAUUAUUUUUUUUAUGUUGUAUCUACGUGUAGGGAGAACAAUUGUUUUCUCUGCGUGUGACGCCAGCAGUUCGAAACUCAGUCGCUGAGCUUCCUUGUGCGUGCUGUUGUCCAACGACACUCGCAUUCCAUUUUUUUUAUAGUUAAAGCAUUUAUUCAUUUUUUUUUUACAAUUUUCGAACUUAAUUAGGCUAAGAAUAUGUGAGCAACUUUUUGUGUCUUGUGCAUUUAAACGAUUCCGUGUAUUUAUAGUGUUAAUACUACUUUUACAAUUUAUACAUACUUAUCUAAAAAUAGUAUAUAUUUUUAUGAUACAAUGAUUUAAAUAAGAUGAUUUCUAUUUGCAGCAUACAAGCAGCGAGAAAAGAGAUGUCAAGGCAUCCACAAAAAUGGUAAAAUAAUAUUUUUUCUAAAUAAAUGAAUACAUAAAACAAACAA